AUGCAUUUAAAAGUUUCUCAUUUAACAGGAACUGACCACCUGUCCCUCACAUCCAACUACACAUCCACUCAACUUACUGUUUUUCUGCUGACUGGUGUCCCAGGAUUAGAAGACUUCCACAUCUGGAUCUCCAUCCCUUUCAGUUUCAUGUAUCUUCUGGCUGUGAUAGGCAAUGGCUUGGUUAUAAUGGUGGUGGUCUGGGACCGAAGCCUUCAUGAGCCCAUGUACCUCUUCCUAGCAAUGCUGGCAUUCAAUGAUAUCCUCCUUUGUACUGUCACAGUACCACAAAUGCUCCUAAUCUUUUGGCAGGGCCCUCUUCCUUCCACGUUUCCUGCCUGCCUCACACAGAUGUUUUUUGUUCAUGCUCUCUUCCUCUCUGAAUCUGCUGUCCUUCUGGCCAUGGCCUUUGAUCGCUAUGUGGCCAUUUGUGAACCCCUCCACUAUGCAACCCUACUCACAGGCUCACUCAUCUGCAAGGUGGGCCUGGCCCUUGUGGUCCGGAGCGUGGCUGUAGUCACUCCGGGUGUCCUCCUCAUUCUCCGGUUGCACUUUUGCCGGACCAACAUCAUUCAUCAUACCUACUGUGAAAACAUGGGCAUUGCCAAGUUGGCCUGCAAUAGUAUCUCCCUGAAUAGCAUUUAUGGACUCACUGCAGCUCUCCUCACCACAGGGCUGGACUUUAUUCUCAUCUCCAUCUCCUACUGGCUAAUACUAAGGACAGUAUUUCGACUACCAUCAAGGGAAGCUCGGGCAAAGGCUUUUGGAACUUGCGGAGCUCAUUUAUGUGUCAUCUUGAUAUUCUACACCCUUGCCUUCUUUUCUUUCUUUACUCACCGCUUUGGACACCAUAUCCCCAGGUAUACUCUUAUUCUCCUGGCAAACCUCUAUUUACUGAUUCCACCUACUAUGAACCCCAUUGUGUAUGGGGUCAAAACUAAAGAGAUACGAGUGCGAGUAUUAGGACUCUGUAGCCAAUCAAAAUGA